ACAAGUAAUACUAGAUAUCGUAUAACGUCGUAAUAUAGACUGUUCGAAAUUCUUUGUCUACCUACAUUUCUGGAUUUUUGCAAUUGAAUAUUUUUCAUCUAAUUUAUAAAUCACGUUUAUAAAAUCUAAUACGCCUAUACAUUUUUAUAAAUGUACCUAUAAUUGAUUAAGCAAUAUUAAUAAUAAAACGAUGGCAUUUCACGAAGUUGAUAAAUUGACAGAAAACAAAUCGUCUAAUGACAAUUUUGUUUUUAGUGAGGAAUUUACGUUAUACGUAAAUGAUUUACCUGGAGAACUAAAUAAGCAAGGCUUAUUAGAAAUUUUCAACCAUUAUGGAGAAGUUAAAGGAUAUUUUUAUCGCCCAAAUGCUAAUUGGGCUUAUAUUACUUAUGGUGCAUAUCAUAAUGCUGAAAAUGCUAUAAAAGAUUUACAUAAUGUACCACCACUACGUCUGAAGAUAUCAUUUUCUAAAGAAAGAGCUAGGAGUGAUAUAGCAAAUACAAAAACAUUUUCUACUAAAGAUAUUACAGAAGAAUAUGAAAAUCAUAAUAUAAUAAAUGUUACAGUAACAGAUAAGCAAUUGAUACAAACAAGAGGACGAAGCAGGCCCUUAGAUGUAUUCAAAAAUGUGGAACCGAAUCCAGGAUUACCAAAAUAUGCUUAUACGGCAGAUAAUGAUUUAUUGUAUCCAUAUCCUUCUGACCCAUAUACAUAUAAUCCAUAUGAAAAUGCAGAGCCUUAUGCAAGUACAAACACAUUAUGGACAAGAGGACAAUUAGCUAUUACCCCAGAUGGUAAGAGACGUGUUGCACUUGGUCGGGGUUAUACAAUGUAUGAAAUCCCAGAUCCUGAUCCUGAAAUACAUAAUCACAUUAAUAAAGUAUAUGAGAAACGUAUUUCUAGCCUAUAUGAAUAUGGCAAAGACAUGUUCCAAGAUGCAAUUGGAACAUGCAAAGUAUGUUUGAAAAAAACAAAGUAUACAUGUGAAAGGUGCAAUACUUUUUAUUGCAGUAGAACUUGCCAAGUGACUAAUUGGUCAAAACAUAAGCUUGAAUGUGAAGCUAUCCCAGCUUUAGUAACGACUAUCCGUUCUAUGCCUGUACUACAAUCAAAUGAUGAACAGCAAAGUUCUCCCAGAAAUGUUUCUAAUAUUCAAUUACCUCUUCGGCGGCCAAAAACGAAUGCAGUAACAAAAUCAAUUGAAAUAGAAGAAACAAGAAACUGUACAGGAAAUAAGUCCUCUUUACAGAAACAACCAAAUCGAGAAGAAAUUUUCAACAAUAAGACUAAAAAUCCACAAAAAGUAAAUGAUCAAGAAAACGAUAAAAAAUGGCAAAAUUUUAGUGUCAAUGAUAUUCAAGUGAUAGAGAAUGAUAUAUCAUUCUCUAAAAAUACAUUUUUAUCAAAAACUGAAUUUCAAGAUGUAACAAUAAUUAUAAAACAAAAUCGUGAAUGUUUUGUUCAAAAAGUAGAAGAUCAGGAUGCUAUUUCAAAAUUAAUGACUGAGUUACAACAUGAAGCACAAAAAGCACGAAAAGUGGAACCAAUAGUUGGAAAUAUUUAUGCUGUAGAAUAUGAAAAUGUAUGGCAUAGAGGUAUAGUUACAUGUUUAAAUCCAGUAAAAGUACACUAUAUAGAUUAUGGUAAUGAAGAAAUUGUCGAAACAAAUGAUUUUCGUAAAAUUGAUAAAUAUGAGAAUAUUCCAAGAUUUUGUGCUAAAAUUCGAUUAUCUCAAAAAGCUUGUGAGAAAUAUAAAAAUUUCAAAUAUGAGGAUAUAAUAAGUGUAAAAAUGAUAUCAGUCGAUUCCAACAAAGUAAUUAAUGUUGAAGUUCAAAAUGAGAAUGAUAUAUCAACAUCAGAAGUAAUUCAAACAAAUAAUGAUCGAAAUCUAAAUACCUCAACCAUUGCAAAAGUUGGUGAUGAAACUAUAGUUUCUUCAGAAAUAUCCACUAGUAGUAAAGCAUUAUAUUUUUUAUGCAAAGAAAAAAGUAUAGUGAAUGCCCUAACUGUUGGAGAAAUUGGUAUUCUAGAAAUUCAUGCAGAAAUAAAGAAUAAUGCUUAUGGUAUUACAUUAUUGCCUAAUAAUGCAGUACCACAUUAUGAAAAAUUAGUGGCCGAAUUACCUACAAUGUGCACGCAAGCAGCAGAAUGUUCAAAUCAUAGACCAAAUGUAGGAGAUUUAAUAUGUGGUCAAAGAGCUGACGGAGAUUGGCUUAGGGGAUAUAUUUUAUCUCUGCAACCAUCUUUAAAGAUGGCUAUAAUAGAUGAAGCUAGAAUAAUGCCAAUUAAUAGGACUGUCACAUGCGACAAAGUCUUUUCAGAUAUUUAUGCAUUUGGUGUAAUAUGUGAAGUAACUGAUGCUAAACAUAAAUUUAAUGAAGGUGAUGUAUGUGAAUUUAAAGUAACAGAACAAACAGUUAAUAAUGAGCAAGGCAGAAUUGAAAUAGAAAUUUUUAAAGAAGAGGUUAAGAUAAAAGCUGCUGUAAAGCCUUGGAUACCAAUGCCUGAACAAAAAGGAUUACAGUAUGCUGAAUUAAAAAAUGAAUCUGAGGUAUGCCUUACUUCUUAUCGAAGUCAUAUACUUCUAUUUGUUCGUUCCUUAGAUACUGUAGGUUUGGAACACUAUAACCACGUUAUGCAAAAUGUUGCAAAAUGCGCUCAAACAUCUCCAUUUUUAAAAGAACUGCCAGUUGUGGGGCAAAUGGUAAUAGCUCAGUUUGCUGACGAAAAUUAUUAUCGUGCAAUUGUUACUAAGAUACAAGAUGAUAAAAUUAUAGUUUCAUACGUUGAUUUUGGUAAUACAGAAGUUACAAAUAUAAAGAAACUUAAGAUUUUAUCUGAUAAUUUGAAGGAGCUCCGAUCUUGUGCAACAAAAGUCGUACUAAAAGAUGUUCCUAAAGAUGUUCCUAUGACGAAAGAAGUAAAUGAUUAUCUAGCUCACUUAGUAGGAACUGAAGUUCCUCUGUUAUGUACAUUUGAUGGUAUACCUUCCAAAGACGGUGUAUAUCUGAAAUUUCAUGAUGGAGAAGACAUUAAUAAAGUGAUAAGUAAAUUACUUGAGCCGAUAUCUAAGGAGGCUGCUGAAGCAGAUAAAACCUGUUAUAUGGCGGAGAAUGUAAAUACUGUUGAUUUGGGAAAUGUUGGUGAUAUCAUUGAAGCACUUGUAUUGCAUCCUAUUGAAAAUGGUUACAGAUACGCAAUAUGUCUCUUAGAUUAUGAUUUAAUGACUCAUGUUUUUGACAUAAUGCCAAAGAAGAUGGCUGCAUAUUGUGAAACAACUGAUUACUAUAUUCCUCGCGAUAAUGAGUUAUGUCUCGCACUUUAUGAUGAUGGGUGGUAUCGUGCUAUAUGUAUAAAUCGUAAUUACACACCUACAACAUGUGCCGUGUUUUUUGUCGAUUUUGGAAAUACGGAGUUCGUCAGUCAUAAAGAUUUACGGCUUAUGCCCAAAGAUUUUACAACACCAGAUACGCUUGCAAAUAUUUGUAACAUUAUUAAUAUCGCACCUACUGAUAGCAAUGGACGAUAUUCUUCCCAAAUCGAAAAACGAAUCUCAGAAUUAGUUGUUCCUGAUAGUUGUAUUAAGAUAAAAAUUAUUGAGCGUGAUCUGGAGUGUGGAAUGUACAAUGUGGAAUUACCAUUAGUUAAAGCUAAAUUAAUUGAAGAAGGUUUAAUAUCAGCUUGAAAAAAAAAUGCAACUCAUUAUGCAAAAGAAGAACGUCUUAGUUAUGUAUAAUGUUUAAAGCUAAAACUGAGAUAUUUUUAGUUAAAAUAGUUAAAACAUGAUUUGUUUCUUGAAAGUAUUUUAAUAUUUGUAGAAAACAUUCCUCACUUUGAUAUUAUUAUACCUCCUGUUAUUUAGCAAUUCAAAAAUUUGAUAUCUUAAACUAAAAAUUGCAAUAUGUCAAUCAAUUACUAUGUAAGAUCAGUAUUUUUUUAACACUUUUUUUAUAUUUACUUUUGUCAACAUUAUGUUUUAUUUCCGUGAAUCUUCUAUAUUCAACAUACUUUUUGCUAGACUUGUAUUUUGUGUACAAUUUAUAAUAAAUAUGAAAUGAAAAUAAAGAGUUCGCCCAGUUUAGUUAAUUCUA